AUGGCCCUGCGCAACGUCUCAGUCCUGUUCGCCAUGCUGCUCAAUCUCGCGCUGGGAAGCGUCCUCUAUGGGAUCUACAUCCUGCUCUUCCUCGUUUCCACCUACCUCUUUGUCCACAGCCGUCAGGUGCCCAGCCCACGACACGGGACCGCAUCCUGGGGGAGUCGCGCUAGCCGCACCGUCAUGGCGCUCAAGUCUCCAAUAUUUGUUUCUAGUCUCGUUCUCUGGCUGGGCAUCACAACUACCUGGACUGUGACCGUUUAUGAUAGCUUCCAGGCCUUUGUGUUGUACCACGAUGGGCUGAAUGCUGAUGGUUACUUCCACCGUUUUUCGAGGACCUCUGGGAUUGUCAAGAAUACCGCAAUUGCAUUAUCACUUGCCAUUGGAGAUGCAAUGAUUAUAUACCGCCUGUCGGUGGUCUGGCCGAACAGGAAAAUCCUCUCAUUGGCUGUUUUGUCAUUUGUGGGAUUGUUGAUCUCUCUUAUUGCCACCAUUGUCAAUGUUACCAAAAUCCAGAGCACUUCAAGAAAUGUGGGGUCUUAUGAUCUGGGUAUCAUACAAGCAUUUUCAAUCAUUUUUCCUGUGUUCUCAGUGGUUACACCUGUCUACUGUACUGCUUUGAUUUCUUAUAGAAUGUAUACAGUCGGCUCAGCAGCCGGUGAUCAUAUUGUUGAUGAGAGGAGCUUGUCUUAUUUUGCUAUUAUAUUGGUGGAAAGCUCUGUCCUAUACACGUGA